AUGCCUUCCACGAAUGACGGUACUGACUUCGAGAAGUAUUACGCCGACCCUCCAUCAGGAUGCAAAGGAUCAUGUAUGAAAUUACUCCGGGAUAAUCUCUUCAUGAUUCUUAUUCUCAUCGGUGUGGUGGUAGGAUUUGGCCUCGGUUUCGGUCUUCGAGCUGCCACCGAUUCCCCCAUCGCAGAACAGUGGAUAAAUCUGCUUGGCACUCUAUACAUUCAUGUGUUGGAUCUAACGAUUCUCCCAUUGAUUGUCUCCAACCUUAUCAUCGUUAUCGCCAACAUCAACCCGAAAGAACAAGGCCUGACAAGUGUGAUCACACUUGCCUUCAUCAUUGGAAUGAACAUCCUUGGAUCCGCUAUCGGAACAAUCACCUCGAUUAUCAUUAAGCCGGGUGCGGGUGUCAACAAAGUAGAGAAUGUGGCCAAAGAAGAUGAUCCCAACUUACGAGCAACCACCUCCGACGUUUUUGCCGAUCUUGUAUUGAACAUAUUCCCCGAAAACAUUGUCGCUAUGUGCAUUCAACAAACGAAAACGCAUUACGAAUACAAGCCAGGAACGAAUCAAACAGAAAAAGUACGCAUUGUCGGAACAACGGCAUCGAAGGAUCUCAUUGGCAUUCUUAUGGUUUCAAUCGCUUUCGGUUUGGCCGCAAAAGCGGCUGGCGAUAAAGGCAAAGCCUUCCUUGACUUCUUCCAAUCCCUCUGUGAAGUGACUCUCAAGUUGGUCCGAGUAUUCCUCCUGUUAACUCCAGGCGGUGUGUGCUUCAUGAUUGCUGGUGCUAUAAUGGGAGUGGAGGAUAUAACGGGCACAUUCUCCAAAGUCGGCAUGUUUGUGGUCACGGUGACAGUCGGAAUAGCUGUGGUCUUCAUCCUGACAUUGCUCCUCUAUCUUGUUACAACUAUGUCCAACCCCUUCACUUUCCUUCCUCGAACAAUCAAAGCCUCGUUUAUCAGCUUCGCUACAACAUCUCCCAUUGUUUCUCUACCGGAAAUGUUUCAAGGAUGUGAUGAAUUUGGCAUUCGGCUCAAGAUCUCACGAUUCUUCUGUCCCAUCGCCACCACUAUGAAGUCGGACGGUCCGGCGGUAUUCAUCUCCUCUGCCUGUGUGUUUGUGGCACAGAUGGAACUCACAACUGUGCCCCCCACUACCAUAGUUGUUAUUUGGCUGUUAACUUCGGUGUCAGUAAUGGCUAUUCCGCAUAUCCCAAGUGCCAGUAUUCUCAUUGCAAUGACUAUUCUGAGUUCAGCAGGCGUUCCAACAAGGAGUACUGUCUACCUCUACGCUAUUGACUGGCUUCUUGACCGCUUCCGUGCGGGAAUUGCUACAACAGUCACCAUGUAUGGUGCAGCCAUUUUGCAUGCGUAUGACCAAAGAAAAUCAGCAAAGGAAGAUCACGAUUGCAUAGAUGAGAUUGACCAACCUUCUGCGCAGGGGUUCCAAAAUUAG